AUGAGCCGUAUUCUAGGGCAGUGCUUGGGGCUCAUGGCGGGUCCGCGCUGGAAGCUUUUAAAGGGGACUGCGGCACCACCUUUCAUGCACCCAACAGCUGUCAGAUCCAUCGGUCGAAUUCAAGAACAUGUUCGGGCCCAUUUCCAUGAUCUGGAAACAAACGGGAAUCUCAGAGAAGGCCGGAUACACCCCGUUCAAGAUCUAAAGAUGCUUCCGUUUUUCAUCGUUGCGGAGGCAAACUAUGGCUCCCUGACGCCAGCCAUGAAAUCCGAGCUCGAUUCCCUCGCGCCGGCUCGAGAAAAUCUCAUGAAAUUCGUUCUUUUCGGUGGUCUGGCCCGGUUUAAUAUCUCCCGCUUCUUUCCCACGGAAGCCAACCGUCAAUUGCGGCGAUUUCGCUCUCAAUGGCGGGCUUUUAACCGCGCCGCAUACGAGCGUGCCCGGGAGAAACACCCGUCGGCGAUGGUCGUCCAGAUGUACGACGCCGUCCAUAAGGGCGUCCUGACGGAGGAACAGGUAGCACAAACGAUGGACGAGACUCUCUACGCCAACCUGGACGUGACAACGGGGGGUCUGUCCUGGAAUCUGGUGUUCUUGGCUGCCAACCCGGCCUGCCAAGCACGACUCCACGAAGAAAUAUCCGCGCUGACACCUGCCGAGGAAGAAGGGUAUAUCUCUCGUAAUGGAACCUACCUUGCAGCAUGUGUGUUAGAGUCCUCCCGGCUCCGUCCAGCUCUCCCGUUUACCAUUCCGCAAUCGGCCCCGACAGAGCGUGUAGUCGAUGGGUAUCGUAUCCCUGCUGGAACCAAUUAUGUAGUCGAUACAUGGGGAUUGAACGUGCGAGAUGAGUUCUGGGCGCCCGAUAAUAGCACAUAUCGCCCAGAGAGGUUCCUAAAUAGCUCGAACACGGAUCUACGAUACCACUUCUGGCGGUUUGGAUUUGGCCCUCGCCAGUGCAUAGGGCGCUACACUGCGGACGUGGUGAUCAGGGCCAUUUUACUGCAUUUGGUCAAGCAUUAUGAGCUGCAGAUGCUGGAGGAAGGGGAUUUCACGCAGGACCCUGAGUGUUGGAUCACGCAUCCAGAUUUACAGGUGAAGCCCAACUAG